GCGCUGGAGCACUCGGGCGGAGCUGCUAGCAAUCUGCUGCUAAGAUUUUGCUUGGAACGGCAACAUGUCUGCAGCAGUCGUUGCCGGCUUCUCUGCUGGGCUGUGGAGCAACAUUGGCUCCGAAAGAGUAGCUGCAGCAGACAAGCUGGUCACGGCGCUUCGACCGCAAGCAAGCGGAUCUAAUGAGACACUCGACUCCGAUCUCGAAUAUGCACUCAAACGGCUGAUCAGAGGCUUGGCUAGUCCUCGCGACAGCAGUCGAGUAGGCUACAGUGUCGCUCUCACCGAGCUACUUGUCUCUCUGCCAGGUCGCACAGCCGAAGGAACUCGUGCGGCUCCGCUCUUGACGCUCGAAGGCGUCCUCAACCUUUUGCUUGAGACGACGAGUGGCGUGCAAAAAGGUGCCAAUGCUACAAGGACCGUCAGCGAUGAACGAGAGCUUCAAUUUGCUCGCUUGUUCGGUAUUCACGCCAUUCUGCGAUCGGGCGCAUUGCUAUCGAGUCAUUCGCAAGCAAGUGGACACUACUCGCAACUCAUCAGAGAGCUCUACGAUCUGCUCGACAAGCGACUAUGGCUGACAGACAGUGUCACCUGGAUCAUCGUCGAGUCUGUCCUUGCACUGCGGGACGCCUAUCGUCGUGGCGAGUGUCCGUGGAUCGCACAAGCACUCGACGCCGUCAUCUCUACUACGUUGACGCGUUCCCAGCCGGGCAAGGCGAGCAAAGCUGCCAAGCCAGCUUUCACCGAGACGGAUCUGGCCAUAGCUCUGGCCAUCGAGGCCGCGUUAGCAGUCUCGAAUAGCCUCGAAGUCGAAGCGACCUUCCACGAAUACUUGGGCGCGCAUCUGCCUCGUCCGCAAGCUAUCCUCAGCAAGCCAAACGUUGCAAAGCUCACUACUGUCUUGUCGACCGUCAAUCCGACUGAUAUGGAAGGCGCGCGUUUACACAUCGUCUGGCAUGGUUUGCUUUCGUGUGCGUAUGAUGCUGGUCCGAACGCGAAAACGUCAACGUCAGCAAACGCUCGGUCAGAUAUCUUUCUUCUGCUUGUGCAUGCGGUCGUAGAGGGUACUCUGAGUCAACCGACUGCAAGCAUGUUCCAACGACAUACCGGCGUGCUGAUCAUGCUCUAUAUACUCUCGAGCGACCGCAUCCCUGCGCAACAAAGGCUUCACGUCUUCUCAAAAGCGGUCGACUUUGCCCGCAUGCUGACGAUGAACCUCAAGCGAAAAGAUCGUAUUUUCAACAAGCUAUGUCAUCAAAUAAUCGCUGCCUUGUCGAGCAUCGCCAAGACGAGCGCCGCCACAGCGUACGAUAUGCUCUCCGUCGCAACAGAGUCUCCCAUUGGCAGCAUUGCCUUUGAUAUCACCACGCAUACCAAGCUUGUUGACGGUGUCCUUGGCUCGAUUGAGAUCAAUCAAGCCUCGCAAUUCCUCGGCAAGCUCAAGGAAUUACUCGCACACCCUCUGGCCUCCUCCCUCUUACCAGCUCAUGAACGGCACGUAGCGCCUGCCGAUGCAGCCACGAUGGACGAGGAGGAUCUUUCAAGGAACGCUAAAGCGAUUGAGCAUGCUCGGCGUCUGGCGCUCGACCAUAUGGGCGCACUUGUACGGAAACACGUCAAGCCAACCCUUGGUAACUCGGAUACGGGUGCGCAAGAUAUGCUAGCUACUGAAGCCAUCACGAUCUGUCUCGCGCUCGGCUUCUUCAAAGCGAGCUCGUGCGACCCGCCUUUGUCGGAAGACACACAAGCUGCAGCCCGGCAGCGCUUCUUCGGAGUUCUGGCGGAUAUCCGUCCGGCACGACCCGAUGCAGAUUUCGUAGAUCCUCUUGAGCAGGCUCUCAGAGCGCUCGAUAGGAUGGAGGGAGGUUCGGAUGGCGAGCUGCUUGCAGCUAGUACGCCUGGAUUUGCUGUACAUCGUCAGACAGCCGGCAAACUACUCAAACGAGUGCAAAAGAGCAAGACGAGCGAAGCGCGAGCUGUCGAGACCCUCGUUCGCGCUGUCACAUUAGCUCUGUAUGACGAUCCCGAGAGCGCUGGACAGUCCAUCGAGACCCUGUCUCAAUGCGUGGAAGGCAUGUUCCCGAAGAAAAGCAAGAGGGAUGCGCUGGUCGUAGAGGAGGCAGAAGAAGAGGGAGAGGAGGCUGAGCCAUCAACAAUUCUUCUCGAUCUCGUUAUCGAUUUGCUGCAAGCGCCUUCGGCCUUCUUGCGCUCUAUAUGUGAGAGCACCUUUGCAGCCUUUGCGAAUAAGCUCGGCGUCCAAGGCGUGCAGCUUCUCAUCGAUCAACUGGAUCCAGAAGGUGACGUCGAAGGCGAAGAGAUAGAUUCUGACCAAGCCAGCAACUCUUCUGACUCUGACAGUGCAAGCGAUGGCGAGGAAGACGAGGACGAGGAGGAUGACGAGGAAGGGAUCGAGGGCGUCGAGCUCAGUCUACUUGACGAGGAUGUAGACCUGCGGGAUAAGGUCGCAAAGGCCCUGGCCAGCUCAGGUCUUGCGCCUCGCGAUGGGGAUUCUGAUGCCGAUAGCUCAAGCGGAGAAGAGGAAGUCGAUGAUGCUAGCAUGGCCAAGCUCGACGAACAGCUCGCGGAGAUCUUCCGUUUCAAGCGAGAUGCGAAAAAGGGUCAGAAAGAAUUGGAGCGCAACGAGCAAUAUGCCAAAGUGCGCGUCCUAGAUCUCGUAGCAACGUACUGCAAAACUGCCGGAGGCAAGGUACCGGCCUCGCUCGCUGUCGCCAUCCUCGCAACAGCCAAGCCGCGAAAGUCUGUCCUACCUGAAGCAACAAGAAAGGCAGUAGCGAUACUUCGAAUCAUUAGCAAUCGCUCCGGUAUUCUGCUCGGGGAACAGACCGCUCAUCAACUGCUCGAACGUGUGCACAGUCUCGCUCGUCGACCGCCGACGCCAGAGUAUGCAGAGCUCUGCUCGUUGGCCAGCAUCUUUGUCGUCUCUUCCGCCUGCACGUCAGAAAUAACCCAACUUGGGGAGGUAUUUGCUGCAUCUGUCAAGGACUACGCGACUCGCAAAACCUCGCAAUUUCCAUUCUCGCUCAUCAUGACGGCAUGUCGGCGCUCAAACGCGGCUAUGUGGCAGGCUCGUCAGAGUUUGCUCGAUUCAUCGAACGCUGCCGUCAAUGCACACCGGCGUCUCGAGCUCCUCGCUGCGGCUCAGUCGCUUCUGGCGAGCCAUCGCAAGGAGACGAUCAAGGAUGCUGCAUCCCGCUCGAGCCUGAGCUCGGACGCCACAAGCUACCUCGCCGCAAGCAUAGCUGCCAUUCAGACGUAUGUCCGCGACAGCCUUGCAGCCGAAGGCACAAUCAAUGCUGCCAAGCUACGAGAUGCGCUCAAAAUUGGACUCCAGCUAGCGCGGCUGUCUGCCAGCGUCACCGUUAAUGCCUGGUCAGUCGCGGAUUUACAAGAGCUCCUGAACGAUUUGGCCAGCUCCGAUAGAUUCAAGAACACAAAGUCCCUCCACACACUUGCGAAACAGCUUCUGGCCAUUGUCAGCAAGAGCGCUACGCCGUCUGCUAGUCCGGCAGUGCCUGCAGGCAAGAAGCGAGCAAAGACGGAAGACGAUUCAGAGACGCCGGUCAAGAAGGCCUCUGUCAAGCGGAAGAGAGUCAAUGGCAAUGCUUGACGACGUGCAGUCCUCUUUGGUCUGCGUGGAUAGGAAGAUGUUGUCAAUUGCUAGCUUUGCCCCAAGCCCCAU